CAUUUCCUUCGUAAGGCAUUCUUCGUCCACGUCAGUCGUUUGCGACCUAACGAAAAAGAGGCAACCUAAGCAGAGCCUCAUCUCAUUUAACUUGUGGAUUUUAGGCCCAGAUCAAGAUAAGCUCGCAGAUCCUCAAUUUAAUACUCAUUCUCCAACGAUUCUCAAUUAUUGUCAGAAAUUCCACUCGAUCUCUCCCUCAUCUUAACUUGCCUUUGACGUGAUUGGCCUAGUCACCAUGGUGUCGACACCCCCGCCAUCAGAUGACGUAGAGGGUCAUCCCCCAGAAGAGAGUCCACAUGACGAAGAGGAAAAGAGUAGCUCUCCAAGCAAGAAAGAAGCCAAGCAACCCAAAACAUCAAAUCGCGGACAUAAAAUUCGACAUAAACAGCCUGCGCACUAUCGAACACAUACCAACGACUUCCCUUCACAAGCCCCGGGCGAUCCGGUAAUGAGGCAGGCCAUGCGCUACGGCGUCGACCCCAACACAUUUCCUCCUCCGCCGCCGGGUGCGUAUCAAGCGAACACGAACCCAUCUUACUAUCCAUCACCAAACGUCCCGGCGCCGGCUGGUUAUCCCAGUCCAUAUACAUAUCCUGGAGACGGAGGGUAUUUCUCUGUCCCGCGAGCAAGUGUUCGGAACCCCCAGUACUUUACUCCGCCUGGAUACGAUGUGCCACCGUCAGGAUACUCUGACCCAGGAUACGGUCCCGCCGAUUCUUACGGGUAUGAGGAGGAAGUCCCACCAUACCCUGAGUACCCAACGCGGAAUCCGAAAAGAACUCCAGCACGACCUCAACCUUCCCGACAACCGAAGCCACAGACUGAACCCAAUCUGAGUCGUCUUCGAAGGGAAGGGUCACAUCAAAGACCUCGGCAGAGGCGACCGUCUAUACCUACACGGGAGAGAGCCUCGUCAGAAGAUGGCAUAACCAUGCAAGAUAUCAUGGCCGAACUCAGAAACCUUCAACGUCAAGUAUACCAGGCUGAGAUCCAAUCAGACCCAGGCAGGAUCCAAGGCCGUCCACGGCGAAGUCCAUCGGUCACGAGCCAGUAUACCAGCGAUGACACAAGAUCUCUUAACAUAGAGAGAGAAAGAUCUCGUCAGCUCACAAGCAUCAUCUACCGGCUGCUUGAAGAUAGACAAAGACCGGAAUACCAAGACUCAUUAGGGCUGUCAUCAAGGCAGACAAUGAUGGAUCUUCUUCAGGGGAGGGUAAGGGAACAUGAUGGAGAAACGGCAUUGGUUAGCCAGCAAGACGCACAGGAGAUCAGGUCAAAGCUCGAUACUAUAUUGGAGUAUCUUCAGCUUGAAGGCGGAUUGGAAGACGAGCCGGCAUCGCAGCGACUACGCGAGGGCUACGAAAGCAGGCCACAACACUUGGUCCUGAGGGGUCAGCCUUCUGUCGCUUCGGGGUCCUCAGUACACGCACCACCAUCGCCGACCUUGAGUCGAGCAAUGCCACGUCGUCGCCAGACUCUUUCAUCUGUCAUCAGACCUCCACAAGAUGCGCAGCCAUCUAACCAAGGACGCACCCGACAGGUUCCAACCAGGCUGCCUGAACCAGAUGAUGACGACGAGAUUUACGAAGACUUCAGACGUGCGUUAAGACCUCCACGUACAAGAGUCAGCUCAACACAGAGUGUUGCAUCGCAGGAUAGGAGAAGGGUUCAACCAUCCGUUGUCCAAAGGAGCGACGCUCGGCCACCGGAAAGAAAGAUCGUAGAAGGAGAUCAACAGAAAGUCAGGCCAGGUCGGUUUGCGUAUGUCCAAACGGAAGAUGAACAGGAUGAAGAACCUGCUAGGGCACCUGUGCCGCCGUACCCGGUGCCUGAUCCACCUGGACAGUCGAGGCGGAGGAAAUCUGUAAGAUCUGUAAGAUUCGAUUGAUGAUAGUGUUCUUUUGUAACGAGUGGAUUAUUUACGUACUGGAAAAGGCGCGGGGCAGUAUUGGAUGCAAAAUGGGAGAUGAAACGGCAUGGGAAAAGGAAGAAUAGCGAUGUAAGACCAUAAUGCCUACUACCGCUCUGACAUACUUGGCGAAGACAAGGCUGAUAUAUACUAUUGAACCAUGAACUAGAAUAAUUUGGUUUCAACGCGUAACAAGGUUGAUGGAGGCUACUCUACCAUUCAGUGGA